CGUUUUUCUUAUACAAUGAUAUUAUAUCAUUGAAUUCAAGUUUAAUACAAUCCAUUGGUCAACUUGUAACAUACUGUACACCAGAACGACGUCCACUUACCCAAUUUUUUAAUAUUAAAAAUGUUGAUAGUAAAAUGUUUUUUUUAAGCUUCUAGCUUUAAAAGAUAAAAUCAUAUUAUAAACAUUUUUAAAGUGUUAAUAUAACGUAAUAUUGAUAAUAGAUUAAGGCUUUCAUUGACUCAAACUACAAUACCAAAGGGGUGUUUUAAAGUUAACGCACAGUGCAUUACGUAUUUGCGUGACAAAACAUACAGGGGUUUUAUUGUUAUCUAGCUAUGGUAACAGUUCAUAUAUCUAACAAACAAUUGAAAUUGUACUUCAUAAGCAUUAAAUAAGAAUUUAAAUGUAUAACUUAGUUUAUUAGAUAUUAUUGUCAAUUAAAACCUUAUUAAUAUUUUAUUAAAAUGAUUUACGGUGGAAAACCUAUGAAACCCGUUCCACCGUCUAAAGCAGGUAUUUCUAUAUCUACGCCAUUUAGAGGACCUCAAGCAUAUACGUACGGGUUUUUAGCUAAACAACCGGGAAAUGAUUACAAAAUUCGACUUCGUGACAUAGAACGAAUGCGUACAGAAAGGUUUAGAAUACAAAAUGAAAAUGAUUUUAAAAGUAUAUUAAGAGAAGCUCAGCAUAAAGAAAUGAUUGAGAUAUCAGAUAAAAAAUGUUUAUACAAUCAGAUAAAAAGAAUGGUUGAAUGUGGAAUGAAAGCUAACGAACAUUUAUUUAUAGAAGAAUGUCCUAAGCCCGAAUUAAAAUUAGAAGAAGAACCAGAAAACCCAAAAAUUGUCCAAGAAGAUUUAAUAGAAAAGGCAAGAAAGAUUAAAGAAAAAAGUGACGAAGAAGAACGAAAAUUAGUGGAAGAAAAACGUUUACAAAUGUUCAUAGAAAACUCUGGAGAAUUGAGAUUUGCUGCAAUGGAAAAACGUAAAAAUGAUAUAGCUCUUAUAAACUAUAAAAUUAUUCAAGAAAAUGAUAGAUUCGUUAAAGAACAAAAAAUUAAGAUGAGAGAACUGGCUAAUAUUGAAAAUGCAGAAAUAUUUAAAAAGCAGACUCUUGAAAAAGAAGAAGAAAAGCGUAAACUUUUAGAGAAAAAACAACUGUUUCGAAAGGAAUUGUUUGAGCAAGUACAACAAAAAGAAGUAAUACUAGAACAACAAAAAGUGUUAAAAGCGAUCGAAUGCAAUGACAUUAAAAAAUUGAAUGAAAAGUUAAAUGAAGAAGAAAAAUUUGAAAAAUUGGAACGUAAAAAAAAACAAUUACAGACAAAACAAGAAAUAGCACUAUUCACCAAAGAAAGAGCGAAUUUGUUUUCAAAAAUGAACAAGGCAACAGCAAUGUUUGAUGAAACAUUUAAGAUCACAAUGAAACAAAAUUUAAAGGAUGAUUCAGCAGACGAAAUUGAAGCUAAGCUUCAGUUGAAACGUGAAAAUGAUUUGUUUAAAGAACAUCAAGCAAUUAUUAAAGAAGAACGCAAAAAGCAAAGUGAUGAAAUAUCAAAAACCAUAAUGAAACAAAUAAAUGAAAUUGAAGAGCUCAAACUAUCUAUCGAACGUGAAAAUACUGAAGCACGACGAAAGAGAAUGAUGGAGGGUCAUAAUGUUUUAAUGGAACAGUUAAAAGCACGUAAGUUACUUAUAGAAGAACAAAAAGAAUUGAAACGUGAAAUGUUUAAGCAGUCGAUCAAAGAAUACGAAGACUACAUAAAAGAAGAAAAACUACAGUGGGAAAAUAAAAAACAAUACAAAUGGCAGUUUAGAAAAGACCUAAACGACCAAAUUAAGUCCAGUAAAGAAUUAAUCGAAAAACAAAGACAAAUCGAUUUGGAAAAUCAUCAAAAACUCAUGAAGGAAUUAGCCGAACAAGAAAAAUUACUACAAAAACUAUUAUCUGAACUGUGAACUUACAAGUAAUAUUACUUUUUCAUGUACACCUGUUCAUAUUGUCUAUUGAACUAUAAUUUUAUAAUAUCACGAUUCACGAUGGAACUAUUUAGUUGACCUCUUUCUUCAUAUUAAUGUUUAUUACCUACUUAAGUACCUAUCUGUAUUGUAGUGAGUUUCCUUAUUUUUAGUAUUUAUCUUUUAAAUUAAAACGAAUUUAUAUUUACUCUAAAUGAA